AUUUAUAGCUAGACUCUCUCAGGCUGCCAUGUUGCCUGCGAGGUAACAACCCAUCCGCCCCAGACGAGAUACUGCGGCACUGAGUCAUGGUCCGGGUCUGUGCGCCUCUCAGGUUCGUCGUGUGGCUUAAUUAGGAGAUCCCGGAAGAGUCCCGGCCCCGCGCGUCGCUGGGUGACGGGACGAGAGGCAGGAGAGGACCGCAGGACAGCAGCAGCACACCGCUACGACUCUGUUCAGGGAUAUUGACAGUCCAGACAAAACAUCCCAUCCCACAGAAAUAAUACGCGGACCAGAGGAAAGAGGUAAGUUGUUUCUACACUCAAAGUUAGUGGACUGUGAAGGAGCCAAGUGGAGGAGGUGUAGGAGGAGGGGGUGAAGGGGGUAGCCUACUGUCCUGCAGCUGAAGAAAUGUCCAGACCCCUCCAUCUGUUUUCUCUGCGCAUUGGUCUCUGGUAUCUAACAAGGGGAUUUACAGACUAUAAAGCAAAACGUGUUGAUAUUUUAUGAAUCAUUUUUCCUCCCUGUGUCACUGUGGAUUUAUGAAGCAUCAGAUUUGAAGAGGGGUGGGGUAGGUGGGGUGAAAGUCCUGUCAGACAUGUCAUGUUUUAUUUUGAAUCCUGGUCAUCUUGUGCAUGUAACAGACUGAGAAAUGAGCACCUAUAUCUGGCUCAUAGAGGAUUAAAACUGCUUAAUAACGUUUGAAAUUGUUGGUCAGUAGAUAAACUGUUUUUAGGGAUUCAAAAUGAAUUUCCACAAGGAUCAAUUUUGUAAUUUCUGCACCUUUUUACAUCAGCUUAGCAUUUAUUUUCAAACCUAAUCCAUCAGAUGGCAUGGACAUCCUAACUUGUUCUAGAAAAAACAUUUUCACCACAAUAAAGAUCAUGAGAUACUAAUAUCUGAUCCAGCUACCUGAUUUUACACUGUGGUUGAACAAUAAUUUUAAUAACACAGUUUAUUGUCCGUCAAACACAUUAAGAGCAUUUCUACAGAUUGCUUUUCUGCGGUCUUAUUUUAAUAUCUCUUUUAAUUGAAAAAGAAUUCAAUGGUUUAGUCAUUUAUAGGUGAUAAAACGAUAAUGAUAUAUUUCAAAAAUUAAUUUCCGACGAUAUCGAUAUGAAACAUGGUCAAUAUGCAUUUCGAUAGCUGGCAUUCUACUGUGUUUUGGUAGACUAUAAGAAUAGCCAACGAAAAGAGGAGUCGCUCAGAGUUCGCACUGCCAAUUAUGUCGAGUACAUGUUCCCGCAAAGUCGGGGGAAACCUCAAAUCUUCGCAAAAGUUUACAAACUCCGAGCAGAGCAAGUGCAAAGCAGCCCGCAGCAACUGUGCAGCCAAAACAGCCGACCAUUAAGUUCGCUUUCUCUAGCGCAACGUCUUCCUCUACUAAACUUUAAGAUUUUAGUUUUCAAAUUAAUGUUUCUUACAUUCAUUUGGAGUUGUGUAUCUGUUUGAAACACUUUUAUGUUACAUAAGUUCAUGUUCAACUUUGACAGAAAUUAAAUACUGAAAUAAAAAUGAACCUUAUGAUAUCUUUAAAUUCACUUGAGAUUGACACGUGAUAUACAUUGAUAUCAACUGAUAUGUAAAAAAUAUAUCUUGAUAAACUUUUUCCCAUAUCGCUCAGCCCUAGUUUAGAUCAUCAGUUACUUUAUUGGUCAUUAAAUUAUACUUCACAAUUCACUUAUCCUGAAAUCAACAAGACCACCAGCUUUCACAAACAUAGUCUUGCUGUCUCAGCUUCCUGUUUUAGGGGCACACUGAACAGGUGUAGCACUUUCGAGCUCUGCACAAUACACAUAAUACCUUUAUGUAGUUAAUUUCACUUCUGCUUCAUCUUUAAUCUCUACAGGCUUUUGCUGUAGCACAGGACUUUGAGACCUAUAGGAUGUCUUACAGUAAGUCCAUAGCAGCAAACUGCAGGCGGAAGCCCAAUAUAGCCCCCAAAGAUCAGAUACCAGACUAGAGGGUUCAGGAGACACAAGCUGCAGGUCAGGGUGAAGGCAGUAAUAUCUUUCCACUGCCGGAGCAUGUGUCUUUUCUCAGCUGUUGGUUGGGGGGUCUUAUGUGGCAGAGUCUGUCGCCCACCUGUCUGUAGGAACAAAGGGGAAAGUGUUUCCACUCACUGAGGGCUGUAGACUACCAAUACUUAAUACAGCUUAUUGGUGUAUUAAUACCAGUGACUGCUAUGCUUUGCUGUUUUGUAGUGUUGAGUAACUCUGUUUUUCCUGGUUCGGCAGAAAGAGUGUAAUUGCCUUUGAGACUUUGGCUGCUCCACACUACAGUCAGUGCAGAUACCGGCUGUUUCGGUCUCAUGGUUUUGAACAUGUCUUAACAUAGUUAUUCAGUAUUAAAUGUGGUUUUGGACUUUAGUAAGCACUGUUACUAAGUUUUAGUCAUGUAUUUAAACACUAAAACCAAAGAAUCAUGUUAACUUCUACUACUUACAAUCUGCGGAUAGUUUUCUUCAGUAACCAGUUUAUUGUUUUGUUUUUUUGUUGGCAGAAAUGUGAAAGAUGAGGUGACACCCUUGACAUUUAAUGCAACAAACCUUUACAUUUCAGGGGUUUUGCCAACUCUUCCUCAGUGAUGUACUGACAUGCUCUAGGAUGCUGUUACAACAUUGGUUGUACUUACAGGUGCAGCGGAGCAAAUGUAGCCCUUUAAUGCCUGACACCACAAAUUAUGGUCAGAAAAUUCUUUUUUUUUUUUGGAGCUGAAAUGUUUAUUUCACUUACUACUGAAAACCAAAAAAAUCUAAAUGUCCUUAAAAUUUAACAAAUAUAUUUAUUUAUCUCAUUUGAUACAUUUUACAUGACAUUUUUAUCAUUUAUCAGACUGUAUUCAGGUGUUUGUUUUUGGUAAUUUGUUGAUCAUACUGAUUUGAUAGAAGUAUGUAAAAGUAUGUAUCAAAUAUGAUACAAAAGGCAAUAAAGGGAUAAGAGCCGGUCAAAUAACUCACCUGUAUUGGCAGUGGCUAUUUAGUCUACUGCAAUAAAUCACUGAUGAACUGAGGUCUCUUCUAGUCUGAUAGAAGACAUCUUCAAAACUUUACUUGAAAUUUUCAAGUCUAUAUUUUUCUCCCAGUUUUUAUUUUUCUGGUACCAAAUAACUCUCUUUUUUUUGUUAUAUGUAGGAACAGCUUGUGAGACAAACCAAAGUUUUAUAAAGACAGAAACCUGAACUUAAACUUUGGUAUCCAGUGUUUAAAAUAUUUGAAAGCCGGAAAUAAUGCGUGAAAAAUGAGAUACAUUUACCCAUAUUAAACUCACUUAGUGAUCUUGCUCUGUCUCUAGAUAGAGGGAUUUAAACUUGUCGCUUGAAAUUGAUCUCCUUUGAACUCUCCAGGUUUGAGCUCUUGCUUCAGAGCUGUAGUGACCCAGAGAGCAGAAAUAGACACUGAGUCCUAUACGAAAGGCAUCUGGCACUGCUGAGAGGUUUCUCCAGAGAGAUGACUCGAUGACGCCCAUCCUCAGGACGUGUUUUCUCCUCCCAGCACAUAAUUACUUAGAUUACAGACAGGGGACAUACUCUGGUCUGCAUAGCUGUCAUAAUACCGUGACUGUUAUAUAUGUUUUCUAAAUAAGUCCAAUCAAAUAAAAGUUAUAAUAUACACAGUUGGGUGUUGUAAUGGCCAUGAAGAGAGAGAGUGUCAGUUAAGGUCUUGCUUGUUACCUGGCAGUAGUGCGUGUAAACAUUUAGUCAUUUGCUGGAUUGAAUUCCACCAUGUUGACUAAUAAAUAUUGGAAACAGGCCUGCAUUGCCACAUGGUGAUGUAUAUGUCUGGUCAGUGUUCACAGAGAUAUAAUAUGUUCUCACUGAAGGCACUCAGUAAACACAGAUUAUUUACUGAGUAAUGUAGGAAAACACUUCUGCAAACAAACUCUUUACAUCUUCUGUUGUUCAAUCAAAAAAACACUUUUCUCACCUUUUUUUCAUCCCGUUAUCUUCAUUUUCAAGACAUGCCUUGAAUCAAAUGAAAGGUGUGAUGAACAAAAGUAAUAUACUCGUCAAUGUAUCACUACAACAUUUAUCAGACACAGAUCGGAAAGGUCAUGGAGCAUCUUAAGAAACCAUUCCUGCUUUUGUUUUUAGGUUUGUCACCAUGGAGGGUUUAAUGGAGCGGCUGGAGCGAGCUGUGACGCGCCUAGAAAAGCUGUCGGUCACCAUGCAGACGCCCAAUGGCAUGGCUAACGGGGACUGUGUGAACGGUAUUGAUGGAGGCAAGUCCAGGUUUUAUAGAUGCCCGUCUAAGGGGGUUUGCGGAAAUCUUCAUUCCAUUCAGCUAUAAUAUUUAUAAGUUAUAAGACUUGGCAGUGAUUUUUCUCUGUGUUUUCAGGUUUGUCUCAGUGCACCGAGGCCUUUGACGUCUUAAUGAAAGGUCCUGUGACAGAAUAUCUGAACAACAGCCAAGCCAUUGGAAGCGAGGUGGAGAAACAUGUAAGUCUGGAUGAGUUCACCUUCAAGCCUCUGAAUUGUUGAAACAGUAUCUAUACGCUUGGGAUAAGAAAUAGAACCCAGACAGACAUUGUGUGACAAGGAUGAAUUAGACAAACACCUGUUCAUGCACACAGACAGAUGUCACCUCAGCUGCUGUUCUAUCUCUCUGUCAGUUUGUUUGUCUGCUGUGAUGGCUGAAGAGAUAAUGAUUAUAUGUACAUGUUCAAUUUUCUCAUCUUGAUUACUGCUUAUUUCUUUACUUCAUAUAUUAAGUUCAGAAUAAUGUGUGUAAGCGAGAAGACUGACACAACAGCAGACUAACUGUUUUCAGUUCUAAUUAGACGCUAGUGUUGAGAUGGCUGUCUGUCAUGAUAGCAUGUACUGAGUCAGGGCCAGUACCAGAUAAUCACAUUAAACUAUAAUCCAUAAACGUAAGGUAACAACCGAGACCCAAUGGUGCCGUGACAGCAACGCUGUGAUUGAGUUUGAGACAGUGAAAAUAUAUAUGGUAUGUUGUAUCUGAACAGGUUAGCUUAUGAGCUAAAGUUACUUAGCACUGAUGAAAGUUAAAACAAAGACGUUUAGCAAACUGUUAAAGCACACAAAACAUCGUCAUAUGAGAAAUCUGACGCUAUGACUCUCCACAAGUUGUCCUUCAGGUCGUUAUCUUUGUAAUAUUUGUGUCUUUUAUCAAAAAGCACUCUGUUCUCCGACACGUAAACAAUCAGCCGGUCGACCAUGUUGGAUAUACCGGUGAAUCAGACGUCGCAACAACACGAAAUCUGAUUGGUCAGAGGUGGACACACAGUAUGCGAAGAACAGGCCGUUAUUGUUAAAUUUAGACUGCAGUAGAGUUCAUAUGGUUUCUGCACAUUUUUGGGUGAUUGGUAGAAAUUUUAAAAAAUGUUUGGUUGUUGGUAAAAUUAAUGAGACUAAAGAUGUUGCUGAGUAAGUAUUACAUCUCAACUCUUGGUUAUUGAUCUCAAAUUUUCAAGUAUCAAUUCAUACACAUAAAUUUUACACAAAUGGAUAUCCUAAUUUAGAUCUAAGUAAGAUAAACUUGACUGUAUAAAUCUGAAGGGCUCUGUGUAUGGGAGGUCUAUGGUCCAAAAGGUUUCCUGUCUUUUGCAAAGCUGGGGAGGAUUGACCCGACGUUCAUUUAUCAAACUGCUGGUGGAACGCUUCUUCCUAUUUGGUAAUGACCGGUACCCUCAAUAGGACUCUGUGUGUUUUGUGUUGAGCCAGUUGGCAGUAAUUGCAGUGGUUUGCCCUUGUCAGCCAAACAACAAGAUUUGCUCCAAAACAGAAAGAAAAGAUUUCUAUCUCUGUAUCCCAUCACUGUACGGGGUUAGAAGGAGGUAGAGUGUGUGAGUAAGAACCAGAGGGAGUUUUUCCUUGUCUAAAGAGCUCCUUUUAUGGUCGAAGCCUCCCUGGUGGUUCCCUUGGCCCGCAACUGGAGGUUCAAUCGCACACAGGACACAGCUGGCUGGGACAAACCAAAACUUUGUGUGUGUGUGUGUGUGUGUGUGUUUUACGAUACCUUUUCAAGUAGUAGAUAGGCAGAUUCACUCCCUAGUUUCCCCAGCCAUGUUUAAGAGAGGAAUAGAGUAAACAAUGGAGAAUGAAGAACAGGCUCUGCAACAUGAUGAAUAUUCAGUAUACAUAAAAUGACAGGCUGCUAAUUAUGUUACACUUGGUGUGUUUUUUUAACCAUGAAUCAAACCUAUCUGACUUUGUAUUGACAGGCAGAGAUGGUGAACAAAGCGUUGCAGACUCUGCGAAUUUUCCUAAAGAUGGCCACCAUGCAUCAGGAACCUGCACAGGUACUGAAACCUACUGAUCACAAGACAACUGAUCAGUCACCCUUGUUACUGUUUAUCUGAUUGUGUUUUCACUGUAAGGAUUCAGGUAUUUUAUUGCAUUAAAAUAGUGAUGGGCACGGCAGUUCUUUGAGAUGUACUGAAUCAUUAGAAUCAGUUCACUAAAAAGAUUCGUUCAAAAGAUUCGUUCACCAAAUCACUGAAUCAUGUAGCGCUUGGCUGGAGAAGCCUGCGACUCCGACCUCCUGAACUUAUACACGGCUGAACGGUUCAGGAUUCAGUUUCUGGGACUGGGAGACGAGAGUGUUUUGCUGUGUUGCUUUGACAAACAGGUUUGUAAAAAUGAACUUGUUUAUAAGUCAUGAUGUUUUUGUGUACUGUCCUAUGGUAUGCCAUUUAUUGGCAUGCACCGUUCCCUCGCAAAUCGAUGCAAUGGGAUGGGAUGCGCACUACUUGUUACAUGCUGUGUCCUAUUGUAUGCAUGUUGUAGUGGCAAUUAAGCAGUGAAAAAAAGGUAGUUUUGCCUGACAAAAAUGAUUCCAGAGAGUGUAGUUCAAUGCGUGAUUCGUUCACCAAGUGAUUCAGGUGUCGGUGCAUGCGGUCCCUUGUUCGCCGGUUGCUCAACUGCAAUGCUAUUUCUCACUUUAGUUCAACUAAAGUGAGAAACGAACUAAUCACUCGAGGAAGUGAUUCGGAUCAGUAUGUUCACUUAAAAGAUUCGGUUCUUUUGAACAAAUCGUUCGCGAACGACACAACGCUACAUUAAAAGACCACCCUGGCUAGCAGUUAUUCCUAUCUUUACAGAACGUUAGGGAUAAUAUGUCACCAUUCAAACAUCGGCGUAUCUUUACUGCAUGUAAAACAACAGAAGUUAUUCAGUAAUUUAUUCAUGAGCAACAGAAAUGUGAUUAAUUUGUCAGAUAUAAUGAGAUUCUUGUUUAGGACAUACUCUGAGAGCAAUCGAACCAUGUGACCUGACACCACUGCUAUGAUUGGCUGCUGCUGAUUUUGUUUCCAGAGAAAGCUCUCAGCAGGUGUUGCCCAGAGCUAAUCUAAUGCUACAAAAUGCGUCAGAUGUUUCUCAUUUAUCACCUGAUCUGUAUCUUAGUCCCGAGUGUCAGUCAGUGUCCUCCCCCCUCCUGUGUCCCCCAGUGGGCUGGGCCGUUUACAGAGGGGAUUACUCCUCUCUUUGAGUUUGAAAACGCUAAUACAACACAUUCCCAACAUGUUCACGUUUAGAGAGAAGGGUGUGUGAGAGAGAGAGCUGAUAUCAUCCUACUGGCCCUCUGUUUGUGCUGUGUGUGUAUGUGGAUGUGUCUACAGAGCCCACCAGGAAGUGAUUACUCCGUAUAUGUCAGGUCAUUGGCUAAGAGGUGGAGAAAAGAACAAUCAGUGAUCGUCAGAAAUGCAAACAAAGAUAGAGUGAGGAUUUUUACAGGGAAAGGGACAGAUUCAGAAUACAUUUUUAUUCUUUUAUGUGAAACCUUUCAAGAUUUUGUACGCCUUGGGUAAUGUUUCUUAUUCUUUCUUAUAGUUUAGAUUCAAUCAGAUUUGAGAUUCAUGCUCCAUCAUGCAAGUUUGUAAGAAAAACGUCUCAACCAGCAACUGAGCUUGGAGUUCACAUACUCCGGCCUAUAAAGCUGGACCUGCUCCAAGUUAAAGUCUUACUCUUUGCUGUUUAUUUUAAGGUUUAAAUCAUUUCCUUUAUAUGAGAUGUGGAGAUUUCUCUUCCCUUUUGUCUCGCUGUGUUUAAGAAGUGCUCAUAGCUCUUAAGACUUCAUCAUUCUUCAUCCACCAUCCUCUAGCUAUUAUACUGCUAGAGUCUGACCCGGCUGUCUCAAGCCAUGUUCUGGUCGUGUGAUUAAACCUUCAGAUAAUUCUUCUCUCUUUCUUCAGAUAUUUUAUUUGCAUCAUCAAAGAAAAAUCUCCUUAUUCACACCCAGGAGAGGGGUGGAGGUACGAGAUGAAAGAAAAGAUGAAGUUCAGUCAGAUGGGGAACCUCAAACUAAACAGAGAGAGACAGAAAACAACUUCAUGAAUUUCACUAACUCUCCCAGUUUUCCAUGAGGAGUUCUAUUAUGCUUAUUAAGUCGUCUGAAAUUCACAUGGAUGCCUUUUCAUCAUAUCCAAAAGCCAGGAAGACCAUAGGCAACAAGACUGACAAUUGUUGUUUCAUAAUUUUUAAUGCAUGAACCUCUUUCGAGGAGAUAGGUGACAGCCUUCCAGCUAUAGAAACAGCCCUGUUUUUAUAGUGUACAAAUAAGAUGCUCAUAAUAGAUUUCAUAAUUAACUGUGGGAUGUCAAACAUGUAAAAGACAAGAUAGAUUAAGACUGUUUAUACCCCCAGGGGGCGCUACAGUUGACACAAACUGAAAGUUCCACAUUGGAGCUUUAAGAACUGGUAUCAUCACAGAUCCAUGGAGGCUGUAGUUGCUGAUUCCUUAGAAAAUUACAUUUUAUUUUUGGUAACAACCUGGGAUUUAUAGAUUUUUGCAGUAGAUGUAGCCUUAUCUUAAACACAUCUAAAACCUCUUUUUUUUCUGUAAGUCAAAGUCAACUUUAUUGUCAAAUAUGCUAUACAUGUUAAACAUACAGCACAGAUGAAAUUUCAGUCCUCUCAGACCCACGGUGCAUAACAAUAAACUGUAAGAAUAAAACUUUUAAAAUAUAAAUAUAGAAUAAACAACUAAGCUGAACAAAGACUACCUACGACUUUAUUCAUGCGCAACAGAAAUGUGAUUAAUUUGUCAGAAAUAAUGAGAUUCUUGUCCCAUUGCAAUAUUUGUUUACGACAUACUCUGAGAGCAAUCGAACCAUCAAAUCUUUUUAAAGAUUAGAUCCACUUUUUAAUGUGCUUGAAAAGGAUCACUGAGUUUUUAAUUGUCUUUAAAUGUACAGAUACUUCAGUCCUGUUCAUAAACAUCAUGACAAACCUUUUUAAAAAACACUGUAACACGAACAGAAACACAACAGCCGACUGAUUAUUUACAUCCAUAUCUGUAGUUCUCAAAGGGAUCAGGAAGAGGAGAAAAAGUCUGCGAUACUCUGACCAGCAGAGCUCAUUCCAGCUACAGACAUAUACACACAUGCACACACGGCUAGCAAACUUCUGCUCUUUCUCUGCAGCUCAGCGCUGUUGUACUCUGACUUUUUAUGGGCAUGUUCUAUAUUUGAGCCUGUUGUCAGUGUGUGUGUGUGUGUGUGUGUGUGUGUGUCUGUGUCUGUGUCUGUGUGUGUGUGUGUGCCAAAGGCUGUAUGAGAGGGAGUUAGAUAUAGUGCGACACAAAGAAUGGGGGGAGGCAAAAGAAAGAAAGCCUCUCUCUCAUGUGACCUCAAGUUGGCCUGUAGACUUAACGUGUGUUUUGGUGUGUGUGUCCAUGUCGCUGCUUCAUACACACACUGCAGUCCUUCACCGUUUCAAAAAUCCCUCCUACAGCUGGUCUGGUUCUGUGGACCUCCAAUCUCUUUCUUUGAUCCAGUGCUUGUAUAGGAAGUCAAGGCUGGGACGCUUUGCUGUUGUAACACAGCAAGCUUAUUUGAUGCCCGUCAAACAAUGCGAGCCGACGUUUUAGAUCCUUUGUCGGCUUGUUCUCUUUCUGUCUGUAUCCACUUUACAGUCUGUGAUCCCUGAUUCAGUUCAACUUGUAUCCAUGUAGAAAACCGUCAGAGCUAGUUCAGAGGUUAGCCAGUGCGCUAGUGGCAGGAAAUUUACUUUUUGCAUUUCAAAUAUAGUCAUAAGUAGAUUAAGACGUGUUGGUGACAGAAUUUUGAUUUGAUGUGAAUGAAUGAUUUAAUUUUGGUAUAUGACCGAAAGGGUGUAGGCAGAAGCAAUGCUUAUAAAGACCUACCACUUAUACCAUACAGAGUCAAUCAACACAUCAAUAAAUAUUCACUCUUAAAAUCAGAUAGAGUUACGAACAUGAUUUACACGUUACAUUAAUAAUCAAACAUCAUUUCCUCUACAAUAUUGAGAAAUAACAUUAUUCUUGUAAAGUCUCUUAAAGCUUACCAGAGUGGGACAUUUUCUAAUUUCUACCGGACAGUCGUUCCAUAUUUUCACCACUUUUACAGACCUGCAAAAAUGUUUGACAUUUAUUCGCGCUUUCGGUUUCUCAAAUAAUAUACAGCCUCUUAGGUUGUAGUUAGAGUCCCUUAGUUUAGACGGGUUCUGGACAUGCUGCGGUAGGGCUAGGUUUUUGGCUUCGUACAUGAUUUGUAUUGUGAUGUGAUCUACUAGGUCUUUGAAUUUUCAAACAUUUAAGGAAGUAAAUAGGGGAUGAGUUGAUGCACGGUAAUGUUUAUUGCAGAUGACUCUUACGGCUCGCUUUUGUAAAAGAAAUAUUGGGUUUGUAUUUGUUUUAUAAGUGUUUCCCCGAAUCUCAAUGCAAUGAAUCAUGUACGGAGUCGUCAGGGAAUAAUGUAGAGUGGCUAACCCUUUUUGUGAAAGUAAAUCUUUGGCUUUAUACAGAAUAGUGAUAGAUUUUGACAUUUUGGAUUUAAUAUGAUUUACGUGUGAUUUCCAACUAAGUUUGUUAUCUACUAUGACCCCAAGGAAUUUGUUCUCAGUUACUAACUCAAUGUCCUUAUCGUCUUUAGUUAGAUUAAUGUUUGGAUGUUUGGAUAGGUCUGAGCUUUUUCUGAAGUUUUUCCUCAACAUUAACGAGGGGAUCCUGUUCUGGUGAGUCUUUUCCGCAGUUUUCCUCAUCUUCCCUCGUGCUUUUUCAGCCAUUUAAAGUGUCUCACUCCUCACUCUCCAGCCUGAUUGAGAGCGGGGAAGUCCACAUUUUGAAUUAUGCAGUGACUCACAGAAUACAAGUCAUACUUUAAGUGAGAGAGCCAAGAUGACAGUGGCUAAACCUGCAACUAUUCUGAUUUAUUAAUUUAAAAAAAAAUGGAAAUGAUGUUGAAAGGACAGUAAGUAUGUAUAAAAAUGGUUUAGUAGGUAGAAGAGGCAAUGGAGAAAAUCUCCUAAUAUAUUAGUUUUGGGUCAUGUCACACUCACCCUCAUGUUGCCACAAAUCACCCACUAAUCCCUAUUUUCAGUGCAACUUUUGUUUUGGGGGCUGGAUCAUCCUAAAGCUGCUCAUAGACAGACAUCAGCCAGAUUUAGUGGGAAGCCCGAUGAACAGAAAGGCGUGUGUAUCUCAGCUCAUGGAGAUCAUGUGCAUCUAAUUGGAGGAAGAAUCUGAUUGGGAAAAAAAGGAGAAAAAAAACCUUUUUUCUUUUCUCUUUCACAUGCAAGUAUUAAAUCACAAACUAAGAUAUAAACUCAUGUAUUUAUACAGCUUUAUCGAAUGAAGAAGUAAGCGGCAUCUAUGCAGUUACACAGCUAUUCUUGAUGCGUGUAAGUAAUCAGUUUCUCCAGUAAAAGAGCGUUCAUAAAGAAAUAGUUUUGUUCCAGAUCAUUUACAGCAAAUUGAUCACAUAUGAGCAGCAGUUCACAUCAGAUCAGAACAAAAAAAAAAGCUACAGCAGCAACAUUGUGUUCUUGAAUCUUAGUGUGCGCAGAAGCAUGUUAGGUAAACUGUAAACACUGGAGGAGUGGUAUGCCUUACAAGGCCAGAGGGAUCUCCCCAUGAACUGAGGAAUGUUUGCAGGAUCGGAGGGAUGAGGAGGGAGGGGAGCUGAGAGCUGGGAGAGGAGCUUCACUGGAACUAAGAUCUGGACCCUUCAAUGGAAAAAGGCUCUUGUUAAUAAAAUUAGGAGCCGUCCUUUAGCCUAGUUUAGGAAUUACUGAUUUGGCAACAGCAGGCUGGGUAGGAGAGCGAGGAAGCAACACAAGGAUGAAAGAGUAAAAAGUAUGUGGAGUAUGUUGGAGAGAAUUUUGCAUGUGAAAGAUGCUGUCGUUCGCUGUUGUUGUCUAACUGUACAAACAUAUUUUUGUAAUUUGAUUUAAAAAAAAAAAAAAUAGUCGUCUUCUCUUGUCUCCUUUCCUUGCUUAUCUCCUGCAUCCCAGCCAGUCAUAAAAUUCCCCUUUUUCUUCCGCAGACAGAGUUGCAAGACCUGCUCAAGCCAAUUUCAGAUCACAUCCAGGAGAUCCAGAGCUUCAGAGAGAGAAACCGAGGCAGCAGCCUGUUUAACCACCUGUCAGCUGUCAGUGAGAGCAUCCCUGCUCUGGGCUGGGUGGCUGUGGUAAGCAGGAAUAAAAGCAACAAAAACACAUACAAAGCUGGACAUCAGCCUUAUAACAGCAUUUAAAAACACUCUGACACACAGAGUCUUUCACUUCAGCAAAGUAUAUCUAGGUCACCUGAAAUUCAAGAUGUGGUAUAUAGAAAAAUGGUAAUCCUACAGUAAAAGAUGUGUUUAAAUAACAAUAAUUUAGAUUUAACUGUCAGCAAGAGAGAAACUGCAAGCUGAAGUUGCUUAAAUUAAGAGCAGAUAGUGUGAAAUAUGUUUGCACUGGUAUGUUUGUGUAAAUUAAAAAAAAAAUCAAAAGUUAAAGCACAUCUUAUUUCUCCCUCAGCUUCUCAGUCCAACCCUGUGCCAUGUUAGGAGUUGCAAUCAAAAAUAAAGAAAUGAGACAUUUCAGACGGACCGAUGAGAGUGUAACCAAACACAGCCCACUAUGUCGUCCACCAUAUCUUUCCAUCAGUCUCUGUUUUACAUCUUCCUCUGAAAGUUGGCUUAUUUUCAUGCAAACUGAGAUCAAAGUACCUCAAGAAAAACCUCUGGAUCCAUCUCUGGUCUGUGUUCGCUUCACUCAGGAGAGCAGCAAUCACACACAUUUAAAUACAAAGUAUUAAGACAAGUCUCCUAAAAAUUUUGUCUGUGUGAGACUGUUAUGACCUGACAUCGUUUCUUUUCUCCUGGCAGUGAGACAAAUAUUUUCUGAUAGGAAUUUUUUUUUUAAAUCUCUUUUAGAGUCAGAAGCCGGGUCCGUAUGUGAAGGAGAUGAAUGAUGCUGCCACCUUUUACACCAACAGAGUGCUGAAAGAUUAUAAAGAAACGUAAGUAUCUAUCUUUGCACUUUGGUGAGUGUCCGUAUUUACACUGGAGUAUGAAAUGCUGUUAUUUUCAUCCAUUCCAUCCUUCAGAUCUAGAGCCCAGUUACUUAUUUUAUCUAUUUAUCUCUAUAUUUUUACUUAUUUAUCUAAUUUAUCUUCUAUUUUAUUUAUUAUUUAUCUCCUUUUUACUGUUUUUACUCUUUUUACUUUUACUAUAUUUGCACUAUAACAAAAGCAAUUUCCCCCUGGGGAUUAUUAAAGUACUUCUGAUUAUAAUUUUACAGAUCUGACAACAAUAACAACAUUAUGAUAAAAAAAAAUUCUAAAGCAAACUUUUGUAGGUAUUUCCUCAUAGAAAAAGAAAAAUAUUUGCGUAGCCCUUUAAUGCCUAAAACCACAAAUUAUGGCCAUAAAAUUCAAAUUUUUUUGGAGCUGAAAGUUUAUUUCACUUACUACUGAAAACCAAAAAAAACCAAAAUGUCCUUAAAAUUUAACAAAUAUAUUUAUUUAUCUUGUUUGAUACAUUAGAUGUUUUUCUAAACUGUUAAACUAAAAGAGGACCUUUUUAUCAUUUAUCGGACUGUAUUCAGGUGUUUUUUUUUUUAGUAAUUUGUUGAUCAUAUUGAUUUGAUAGAAGUAUAUAAAAGUAUGUAUCAAAUAUGAUACAAAAGGCAUUAAGGGUUAACAGAGGUCGGAUCAGUCAUUUCUGAUCUAUUCUAGGGAAACAGUAUUCGGCCAUUACUACACAUUAGAACUGCUGAAUAGGUACCUCAUGGUGAAUUUCACUCUUCAGUUUAGAGGUAAUAGCCGAGCCAAAAGCAAGAACGAAAGGAAAGAAGAAAUAUUGUUUUCAGAUAGUGGACCCCUCUGAGAGUUCUGUUUGUUAUCUUACUUUAAGUCUUACCAAAAAAGGAAAUCGUGCACACUGUCUUAAAGUCACAAAAUUUAUUCAAACAGACAAUGCUUUGAACAUCAGACACUAAACAAUUAAGUCAGCCAGAUUACACAACUCAACAAGAAUGUGCAGAUUGAUUUUUAAUACUGCAAAGACAUUCGAGGACAACAGUAACUGUCUGUAUAACCAGGAGUGAGAUGGAAGAAUUACUCUUCUUCCAUUUCCUUCUUUAAUUCGUCUGUUUUGAUAUUUUGUCAGAUCUUAUUUGCAUCUUUUCUCCUCUCCCGUGCUGCACUCAUGUCUCUGUCUCUCUCUCAGUGAUAGACGUCAUGUAGACUGGGUGCGCUCCUACCUGUUGAUCUGGACCGAGAUGCAGGCCUUCAUCAAACAGCACCACACUACGGGACUAGUGUGGAGUAAGAGUGUGAGUGCAACAUACUGAAACAAUCAUCGCAAACACCGUCAUCCAUCUUCUCUCCCAAGUUCAGAACACAAUUUCAUCAAAACACGAAACGACACUGAGAACAACUUGUUUAUUAUCUUAGCUUUGUUUUCGUUCACUUUCCAUUCACAGGCCUUGAUAUUUUUACAUCGGAGCUCAAAUUAACUGCUACUUUUUGCGUACAUUUCCAUUUUUAGUUAUGGUGCAGCCUGUUACAUAAACCGCUGUAGAGAGCAUGAAUGAAUGAAUGAGCUUCCCUCCAGUGGCUGCUCUCCGCCGGGUUCCCCAGAGAGCUCACAAAACCUUUGACACUCCCACACACACACACACUUCUGUUUAUGGAUGUGUGCUCCGGGACUCCUCAGCACUUAUACUCGCUAGAUCCCAGAGAUUAUGAUGGCCUGCAACCAAAUCCUUUAAAUCACACUGAACUCUGUUUCAUUUUCGCUCAAACGAUCCAUAAUCUUUGUCCCAGGGAAGUUAAAUGAAGUUUCCUCUUUUUUAAGGAAACUCUGGCACAAAGUUUUAUAAAAAAUGUAUGUACCAUCCUUUUUUCUGCUCAAAUAAUAUAAAGCUACAACUGGGAGACGGUCAACGUAUUUAAUGAUGGCACAAAAGCUUGCAUGGCUGAAUCCUGAAGUUACGCAAUCCAGCUAAAGCCCUUUUAAACUCUGAAACAUCAUAUUUCAUUCAUCCACACCACAUGACCCCACAACCCAUAACACAUUAAGGAGAAGUGACUUCAGUGCAGUGUUAGAAAGAAAAAGAAACCUGUUUGGGUUUGAGCUCACUCUCGCUAGGUCAGGAGGGAGAAAGAGAAAGGAGGGCAGAGAAAGGAAAUAGAAGAGAAUGUCGAGAUUAUAAGAAAGAAAUACGCCAUAAACUCACUGAUCAAUAACCAAAACAUGAAAGUUUGGGGAUUUUUCCUCUCACCUUGAAGAUACAGUUUAUUUAAAUAAAGUAAGAGAUGUAAAACAAAGCUUUUAAUGUCAAAUUAUGAGCUUGAAACCCAAAGUGCAGUUAAUGCUCAGCAGCUGUGUGCACAUGUGUUAAUGUGCAUGUGUUUUCCUGCAGAAAGAAACUCCAGGACCGUUGGUGGCUGCGUGUGAGUGUGUCAGCUGCUGUCCCUGCUGUCAGACAGCAGAGCUGAAAAGUGUGUGUGUGUGUGUGUCUAAGGCGGGGAGUGUGUGCUACUAACAGGUGGUCCUCAGGGUUUACUUGAAUGGAGGUUUUUCUUCACAGAGAGACCCCGACAAAGAGUCUGUGUACACACACACAGCCGAAGUCGUAACCUAAACCGCAGGGCUGGUCCCCUGAAACGCAGCCGUCAUCUGCUGCUCAGAUCGGGGUUUAGUGACACGCUUAAAAGUUAAACUGGAACAUGAACAGGACGACAUAUGGAAGAGGCUUUGCACACAAAGACAGACACGGUACCCAACAAAUUAGUUGACACGCCUCAGAUAAAGCCCCUAAAUGUUCUAAUACUUCAGAAAACGCCAUUAUUUCAACCAAAAUCCAAGUUUUACAGUUUAUUUGAGUUUUUCAGUAGUUUAAGUUCCCAUCUUUGAGCAAAUUUGUUUGACUUUUGACCCAAAAGUUAUCAGUACAGCCUAAUUAUAAGCUCCCCAUUGAUUUAAGUCAAAAUAUUUAAGACAGAUGUAAAUAUGGCCAAAAUGUUGCUUUAUUGUGUCUGAUACAGCAACACUUACAGCUAGAGGAGGACUCUUAAAGUUGAUUAUUAAAAUAGGGUUUACAAGCAUGUUUGUGUACACCUACUCACACACAAACAUAAAUGCAUGCAUGAACACAAAGACGCAGUCAGACAGUUUCACAGCCAUGCAUGAACACACACACUUAUACACACACACAUGCACAAGCGCGCUGGCUCUAAUCUGCUGGUAUGCGCUGAGCUGUUUGGUGUAACAGGUCAGUAUUGUUCAGCUAUGAUAUUCUCGACACGUGUGCUCUGGUGUCAGAGGUCAAGUAGUCUCAGCUGUACUCAAAAGUGCAUAAACUGACAGUCCGACCCCUCUGAUGGGUGCGUCCGUGUGUGUCUGACAGCUGCGCAAGUUCAUCAGACAGCAAAUGUGAGUGUGUAGUAGUGUGUGUGUAUCAGAUUCUCCUCAAUGAGCAAGAAUGAUCGGAACAGAAAACUUAUUAAAAGCUUCAGCUGGUUGGUUAAAGAGCUGAUUUAAAAAUGUUUAAGAGACACUGAAGUAAAAAAAAUCAUAGGGUUUGGAUUUGGGAUUUUUGGGGAAGGUGUUUUAAAAGAUUACAAAUAUUUUUUCUGUUUCAAAUCAAUACUGGAGUGUAGGAAUUGAGUUUUAAGUCCUCAUUGAAUGAUGUGAAUACACACAAAAAGCAGUAAAAGUGUUAUACAAGAAAGAAAAUAAAAGUUAUUCCUCAUCUUUAAGCUUGUCUUGGCACCAAAAUUAAAACCCUGUCACAUCCUCCCCUGGUCAAAAGUCAUGAAUUGUUGCCUGUGAAGCUCUCUUGUAUUUCUUGUGUAACACUCUCCCUGCUGGAGAGAGUUGUGACUGCAGCUGUUACUAUCUAAUAUCUGACUUUUUCCACAAACCCCAGGGUCCCAUCGCUCCUCCUUCUUUCUUUGACCCCCCAACUGCCCCUUGUGCUCCCUGCCCCGCACCUCCCCCUCCUCCUCCACCACCUGGGCCUCCUCCUGUCUUCACUGAGGAUGACACUCAGUCUCAGGCAGGUGGAACAGGGGCACAGCACUCUGCGCUGUUUGCCCAGCUUAACCAGGGCAUGGAUAUAACCAAAGGUGGGCUAAUUAAAUGUAUUGUAAUCAUUUGUUGUAAUUAAAUAAUGUAAAGAGCUUAAGCCUUAGCCGUUUUGACCAACCAAUAUACUAUAAGACUGGGUGAAAUAAACCACCACUUUGACUACUACAAUGUUAUUGUGUUCAGAAAAAUUAUAGAGUUAACUCUUCGGUCACUACAGUGAAAAGAAAGGCAACAAUAAGAUCAUGCGCUUGUUGAUAUAUAUUUAAACUUAAACACAAUGAAACCUAUUGAAUUUCAUCAUUCUUUAAUUUAUCAUUCAGUUUUAAUUUAUCUCUGUUUUCAACCCAACAAAUUAAUAUAUUUGAUUAUAUUAAGAGGUGUUUGAUGUUCUGAGACGAAUGAUCAGAGGCAUAAGCGAACUAAACGCCUCUUUAGGGCCCCGCGGCCAGUAGGGGGCCCCCAAGAGCAAUAAAAAAAUAUAUAGAUAUUAAAUAUUUUUUAUCUUUUGCAUGUAUAAGUGAUGCUUUCUGUACAAUCAUAUAAAUAUUAUUGUAAAAAAAAAAAGUAAAAACAUGUUAGUGCUGCUGCUGAUGUAGGCCUAUGAUUUUUACUGCUGAUGACACUUUUACAUUAAACACAAUGCUUCAUCAUUUGGAAGGUUGUGAAAAUUAACCCCAGGCUGCUCUUGUCGCUGAAUGUGUUACAUUUUAAGAUUAAAAACCACAUGUGGCACCCUGAACAUCAUUCAUCAGUCAUUCAUUGGUAUUAUUUGUAUGAUUGCAUUGGUAUUAUUUAUGUUAUUACCUAAGCCACCCCCUUAAAUGUGUAAAGACAUGUCAGGCGCAUUAAAUUUAUACUGUAGUAGGUGUGUGAAUGAUCAACAAUCAAUAUUAUUGACAGAAAUAGAGGGCCCCAAAAUCAAAUUUUGCUUGGGCCGGCUCUGCGAAUGAUUGUGACAAUUUUAAUUUGCUUUCUAUGAGCCUUUGAUAAUUCCUCCUCAUAUUUUCAUCUGUAGGUCUGAAACACGUAUCAGAAACCCAAAAGACCCACAAGAACCCAAAACUGCGAUCACAAGCAACGCCAACCAAAUCUAAGUCCAAAGGGGGUGGGAAAGGACAACGAGCAGCUGUUCAGAAAAGACCUCCUCUGCUGGAGCUGGAGGGGAAGAAAUGGAGGGUGGUAUGUGAACAGUUCACUUCGCAAUUAAAAGGAUCAUUCCUGAGAUAAAUAUCUGUAUUGACACAAUUUAUGGAUUGAAUGUGUUUCACUUUUGCAGGAGAACUUUGAGCAAAAACACGACCUGGUCAUUGAAGAGACCGAGCUGAAACAGGUGGUCUACAUCUUUAACUGUAACAACUCCACUGUGCAGGUUAAGGGCAAAAUCAACUCCAUCAUCGUUGGUGAGCUGCCUGAAAACACACUGGAGCAUUUUUGUUUGUUUUUUUCUAGUUUCUAAUCAUAAUUUUCCUCAUCUUCUGUCCAGACAACUGCAAAAAACUGGGUUUGGUUUUUGAGAACGUAGUUGGGAUUGUUGAAAUCAUCAACUCCAAGGCCGUUCAGUUACAGGUGAACAAAACACAACUUUACACUAACAUUUUUAGUCAGGUUUAUAGUCCUUUUGCACUUAUCUGCAUGUCAGGUGCCAUAUCUUCUGUUUUCAUGAUUUAGAUGUUUAAGAAGAAGCGCAACUUCUUCCACUCAUGCGUGUCAUUAACUGCGAGUAAUCUGUCUGAAGGUUUUGGGACGCGUUCCCACCAUGUCUAUUAACAAGACAGAAGGCUGCCAGGUCUACCUGAGUAAAGAGUCCCUCAGCUGUGAUAUUGUCAGUGCAAAGAGCUCUGAGAUGAACAUCAUGAUACCACAAGAAGACGGGGAUUACGUAAGUCUGUUAAAUAAGCAACAAGGCUGUUUUAUUUCCUUAAAUCUUUCAUGGUUGCUGUUUCGUGUUCUUCAUUAUCCUGUUUUUUUUCUGCAGAGGGAGUUUCCAGUACCAGAGCAGUUCAAGACAAUUUGGGACGGCUCCAAACUGGCGACAGAACCAACUGAGAUUGCAGGCUGAUUAAAACUUCACCAUCAUCUUCGUCACUACUUCUGAUCAAGUUUAAUUGAGUUUCUAUGACAUAAAAAGGGAUUUUGUUUGCAGGUGAUAUAACUGAUUUACUAAAGAUCGGCUCAUUGCUGCUUUGAUUUUGACUCAUUGUCUCUGUAGCACUUUGAAAGUGAAGUCUUUGAUUUCUGUGCCAUGGCAAGACGGGCAUUUAUAUGCUAACAUGUAAAGGCUAAAAAAUGAACAAUCUUAUAAAUCGCCAGGUAUCCUAAUCUUUAAAAUUUCUUUAUCUUCUACAUAUUUUUAAAAGUUUCAUGAGGUUACUGUUAUUCCCACUGUACUACCUUUUUACAUGUGAUGUUUUGUUUUAUGAAAGCAUGUUUUAGACCAGUGCUGGUGCACAUCUUUACAAGAGGUAUUAGGAUUACACAACACACAUAGAACACUUAUAGGUCAAGCUAAAAGUGGUAACCAGAAGUUAAAUGUGGGGCUAUUUGGUAUACUUUCUAUCUAGAUUUAAGUAUUUUUGGUAAAUUAAUCAAUUAAAACUGGACAUUUUUCCUCUAGAUAUUAACACACAGUAACCAGCAUACAGUGACUAAUUGUAGUUUUCAUCCUCAAGCACUUCAUGUCGACUUUAUCUCCUUGUACCAAACUCUCUUUUUACUCAAAUGUAGCCAAUGGAAGCAGAAUGAUGAGGAAAAAACUGUACACUAAUAAAACACUUCAAAAUUUUUAAUUUACAAAAAAAAAGAACUGAUGUAAUUGUGUAUCAUUUUUUCAAAUAAAAUCAAAACCUUC